GAACAGGCGUGAACUUGAAUGGCGUUGAGAAGGCCGAGAGGCCUGAGGCAGCUCCCGGACAGGUAACCCCAAGCGGUCGUUGAACUGAGCGACUGGAGAGACGUGUGUACAGCAGAGUGAGGGUCUGGUACCGGAGCUGGGGAGGCAGCAGUCUCCACAAAGUGAGGAGGGAAAGGCCCUGACCCUCCGCCUCUCCUCAGCGCUUCCAGUGCUCAAUCUUUGGUGCAUCUGUCGGUCUCAGAGACCCGGUGAGCUACCAAGCUGGAGAUGCCUCCCGGAGGCUGCAAGAUAGCAUUGUCUUUGGAACCGCGAUGCUGGCUCAAGGGCUUUCCUGAAAGGAUAACGAUCCUCUCUCUGGUCCACGGUUUCCUGUGAGUGAAGGCUUUACUGAAGAAGCAUUAUAGAGAUUCAUCACAUUUCUAAGAUAUCAGUAUUUACAAAUUGGAGUUAUCAGCCAUCUUAAAGAUUGAUGUUGGAUAUCAAAAUGAAAACCUUCUGUGAAGUUUUAGAACAGUUAUACAAAAAAGUACUUUCUGGAACCAUACUUGAAGAUGACAGCCAUGAUUAUGUCUUUUACCUCAACCCAGCACUUUCAAACCAAGAUUGCUCAGCAGCCAGUUCCUUAGAAUGGCUGAACACCGAUGCUGUGCCGGGCCAGCAUCAGCUGCCCUCCAUCAGGGUGUCUACCAUUCCUGAAGCACCUGUUUGUGUGAAGAGACACUCUCAGAUGAGCGAUGCCCAAGAGAUGAUGCUCCUUCAGUUAACUGUGAUCAAAGUGAUGGUAACCAGGAUAUUGUCUGUUGAAACUGAGAUCCAUGCAAAAGAGAAAUACAGAGAUGUAAUUAAAAUUCUUUUGCAAUCAAAUGAAAUUGAUUCUAAAUUGAUCUGCAUGUUCCAAAAUUCAGACAAAUUGUUGUCUCACAUGGCCGCAAAGUGCCUUGCGUUGCUUCUGUAUUUCCAGUUGAGAGAAAAGAUAAUGUUAAGUAAUUCAUGGAUUGCUUUUUGCCAAAAAAAUCUUUCUGGAUAUUCUGAGAGUGAUGAAGCAAUACAUUGUCUCUGGACUCUUACAGCGGUAAUGAAAGAAAUCUUUAAAGAUACGUGUUCAGAAAAAGCAGAAAUUUUAAAGCAGUUCCUGACUCCUUUUGAUACUACUCUUGAAGUGUUCUAUGAUUCCUUAUUCGUUCAGCAUUUUAAAAACUGUCAGAAACUUUCUAGAAUAAUAAACAGCUUGGUAUGUUUCCUGGAAUUGCUCGAACUUCUCAUAGCCUCCAGAAUCUACCUGAAGUUACAUUGCAAGAGCCAAAGGAUUUUAUUUUUGAAACCUUCUUGUGUGCUAGAUGUUCUUACCUGGCCUAUUCAGGCUUUUGUCAAAAGAAAGUUGAUCAUUUUCAUCAAAAAGUGCCUUCUCUAUAAAGUGGGCGAAGACCUCUGUCGUGGCUCUGUUCCUGCCAUGAUAUCGCCAGAUCAUCACUUAGACACAGACAUGUUGGCUUUAGCUAAUGCUGUUUUGCAAGCUGUGCAUCUUGGGUUGUUGAAGACAUUGUCUGUUCAUAGAAAACCUUCCUGCUUUGGAGGUGAUGAAGUUCAGCCUGGAUGUGCAUAUCUCUGUGGUCCAGAUCAUGUGAUCCUUAGAGCAGCAAGUUUAAUUACAAUGAAAUCCUUAGAAAUCAAAUUUCAAAGUGAUACCUCAACAAAUGAAAUGAAAGUUGAUUUACACAGGUUCAUGUCUGAGUUACUGACCUUCUUAAAGCCUCACCUUCAGCCCUCACUGCAACUACAUAAUCCAUGUGAAUGGCUGUCCAGGGUAUUCAUAGAACAAGACGAUGACAUGCUGGAGGCUGCCAAGGCAUCAAUGGGCAUUUACCUAAAGUUGACCAGAGAAUGUGAGGCUACGAAAAGGUUGACCCAAGAAAAGGAAAUGUGGAUCCGUCACACCCAUGAAAAUGGUUAUAAUCCUCACUGUAUUUUCUUAUUCUUCCUAAAAAAUAUAGGAUUUGAUUCUACAGUUCUUCUUGACUUUUUGAUUUCAUCAGAAACCUGUUUUCUUGAAUAUUUUGUUAGGUAUUUAAAAUUACUGCAAAAAGACUGGGAUAAUUUUUUCACUAUCUGUGAGUUCUUUGAUGCAUCUGAAUCUCAAUAUGGCAUAAAUAUUUGUGGUUGUGUCUCCUCACUAGUCCAAGACAGAAGCACCAACUCCAUACUGCCUCAUCAUUUGACUGCUCCUAAUAGUCACAAAAAGGGACACGCUUGGGUCACCAGGGCUUCUGGUGAUUCUUCUGAACCACUGAACCAGGUUGUGAUAUCCAAGGAAACCCAUACCAUGGGGGAUCAUAGUCUGUCUUCCCCCCAGGCGUCUCACAGUCUGGUAGAUUAUGAAGACUCUGAUGAUUCUGAAGCAGAAUCCACAGACCAGUGUUUAGUAAAAAGUGAACAAACAUCUUUACACCAAGAAGCAAUUAAGAAAAUUCAGGACCCAGCUGCGUUAAGCAGGGAUAAAAAGGAAUUUAACCAUGAGCCUCAAUCAUGGCCUCUGAUUGCAAAGGAAUCUACUACUUCCUUCAUUGAUUGUGAAGCAGCCCCAAAUAACACUGUCUCCGAAGCAAGAAUAUUUUAUAGAAUAAUAAAAUGCUUCAAAGAGCUACAAGAUGCCAUUUGCCGUUUGCAAAAGAGAAAUCUCUUCCCAUAUAAUCCAGCUGCACUUUUGAAGUUGCUAAAAGGUACAGAGGCACUCUGUAGUAAAAGUGUGAGCCCUUUGUGAAACAGUAGCAUUUGACUUCAUUAAUUGGUUUUCCUCAAUAUAAAUUGUGUCUCCAUGAUAUAACAGUUAAAAACAAAACAAAACUCCACCAAAGCGUUUUCUAAAUGAAGUCUUUCUUUUUGCCUAUUGGAAGCAGCCUAGUGCCUGAAAAGAUGCAUCAAAUGCCAUAUCACUUGAUAUAAUUGUAUGCCUCUUGAAAUUGAUGGCGAUUCAAGCACAUACAAUUUGGGACAGUUAAUUGUAUUAGUUUCCUAGGGC